AUGGGCACAGGCUGGGAACUCACUCAGGCGCUCAGAGAGAAAAUAUAUCUCUAUGCCAGCUAUCCGCAGACGUCAAUCUCCAUCCGGCAGAUGGUCCAGUUUGGUCCUUCGCCCCUGCCAGGGUCCAUCUUUCUCGCCUCCCAGUUCAUCGUGGAAGAGCUCCCCAUUCGUUUGGCGUUGAAGGUCAAAGACUUGGAAAAUGCUCCCUUGGGUCUUUCGAAACAGCCUUCUACUAUUAAGGUCAAGAAUUGGUAUGCACAGUCGUUUGAAGAACUUACACUGCUUCCAAAGCCUAAAGUCGACGACAAACUCAGAGAACUUCUACAGUCCAACAACGGGCACACCAGACUGGUCAGCUCUGUGGGCGACAAGGCUGAAGUGAAUGAAACGCUGAACUUGGCACAGCAGCAGCUGAAUGAUGUGGCUGUGAAUAACGUCUUUUCGGACGAUGGCAUUGUUGUUAGACACCAUCCAAAUACACUGCAAAGCGGUGCUAGGUCGACGAAACUGCGGCUGGAAGCUCCCACUUUUGGCAAAACGUAUUUUACUCCGUGUCCUAUGAACAUUGUAUGGCCUAAGGAAGUGUAUGACUACAAUAAGUUGGUGCACGAUGCACUUAGCAAGAUUAAAAAGAGGCACGACGCCACGGUGGCUACAAUGGCCCAGGGUGUGCUGGAGUGGAAGACAGAACAUAAAAUCGUAAGCGUUAAUUCGGCCAUUCAGACCUUUUUGGACAGGUUCUACAUGCUGAGGAUCGGGAUUCGAAUGCUUAUUGGACAACACAUUGCUCUUAACAUGCUGCAGCAGCUGCCGACCAAACAGCGUCUCAAUACUUUCCUCAAUGGAAGCAACGGUAACUCUGGAAAUGCCAAAAACGGCAGAAACAACUAUGUCGGUGUCAUUUGCACUGACUGUAACGUGAAGGAGAUUGCUGAAGAUGCCGCAGAAACAGCCAAGUACAUUUGUGAAGAGCACUACGGGCUCUUUGAGGCUCCAGAAGUCCAGUUGAUUGUGCCCCAGGACUCGAUCAGUUUCAUGUAUGUGCCAGGCCACUUGAUUCAUAUUUUGUUUGAAGUGCUCAAGAACUCAUUAAGAGCUACAAUUGAAUUCCAUACGCCGAAAUUGAAGGAGCAAAUGUUAGCAGAAAAUCCUACCAUGAAAGAAAGCGAUAUUGAUUUAAACGACUUGAAGUUCCCACCUACAAAGGUUAUCAUCAGUGAGGGCUUUGAGGAUAUUGCCAUCAAGAUCUCUGAUGAAGGUGGUGGUAUUGCACGUUCCGAGAUUCCAUUGAUCUGGACGUACUUGUACACUACAGUUGACAAGACACCAGUUCUCGACUCUGACGGUAACAACCAGACCAGCUUCAGAGCACCAAUGGCUGGAUUUGGCUACGGUUUGCCAAUCUCCAGAUUGUAUGCCCAGUACUUUGGCGGUGACUUGAAGUUGAUCUCCAUGGAAGGCUACGGCACGGAUGUGUACAUUCAUUUGAACCGGUUGAGCAGCUCGCUGGAGCCUUUGCCUUGA